AGUUAUCAUACGUAUACUUAAGAUGCUUGAGCCGCAGUAUUCGUGCUGACGAGUCUGCGGCUGAUAGCAAGCAUGAACUGUAUGUUUAGAAUCGUAGCCAGGCCGACCGCCAAAAGCUCCAUCAACCCUCUGGCUCAUACCAGCAACUUGAAUCGAGAGCUCUCGGCAAGAUCAGUAGUCCUUGCCAGAACCAUCCACUCCACAUUAGCCGCCAUGCAGACCCAAGACUGGAAUGCAGCACAAUAUCUCAAGUUCGAACGGCAACGCACGCGGCCAGCGACGGACUUGCUGGCCCAAAUACCCCUGACCUCCCCCAAGCGCAUCAUCGACCUCGGCUGUGGUCCUGGUAACUCGACCGCUGUGCUCGCCAAACAGUUCCCAGAAGCCCACAUCACCGGCAUCGACUCUUCGCAGGACAUGAUUGCAAAGGCCAGAAAGUCUCUUCCUGAUACUGAUUUUCAACUGGCUGACCUGAGCACAUUCCGGGACACCGAGUCCGCGGACCUGCUCUUCUCAAACGCCGUAUACCAAUGGAUCCCAUCCGACGAUCGUAUCCCGAUCUUCACUAAGCUCAUAAGCACGCAAAAGCCAGGCGGAGUGUUCGCGUUCCAAGUCCCGGACAACUUCAACGAGCCUUCACAUGUUGCAAUGCGUGCGCUGGCCGAAGAGGGUCCCUGGUCUAAGACGCUAAAAGCCCUGGAAACCCCUCCUACACGCAGGCCGUUCCAGUCACCCCAGGAGCUGUACAACGCCUUGAAGCCGCUGUGCUCGGGCGUGGAUAUCUGGCAUACGCACUAUUACCAUAUCCUGGACGAUCAUCAGGCUAUCGUCGAAUGGGUCAAAGGCACUGGGUUGCGGCCAUAUAUUGAUCCGCUCCAACAGGGUGAAAAAAAGGGUUUCCUGAAGGCAUAUCUGAAGAAGAUUGAAGAAUUAUAUCCUCCAUUGCUUGAUGGCAAGGUGUGUCUGAAAUAUCCCAGGUUGUUUGUGGUCGCCGUUCGGGCUUAAAACCUGUUGCGGUCUUUUUUCCUGCCUUGUUCAUAGCCAGCCUCGAAAUAUCAGUCACAAGACACACCGCCUACAUUUUCACACGUACUGCACCACAUCCACAAUGAACGGUCUUCACUCACUCGCCCGCCCUGCCAGCCAAUCAGACUGUACCAUUUCUUCCAUUUUGUCCUGUUAUAUAUUUGAGAGGUCGAUUUGUGGUCAACAUUCCUUACUGUCAAGGACAAACUGAGAUCGCUCAGCUGGCGUGCCGGUAACGAGUGUGGUUCGAACCCCGGUUCGGACACCAUUCCGACCGUAAUGUCGUUAAACUAAUGCUCAUACCUUCUCGUGUCCCCCUGUGUUGAACCUUGUUGCUCCGAGGGGCGAUGAUACCAAGGGGCACGAGUCGUAACGUAGAACUAACCAUCGGAGCACUUACUAGGUCGGCCGAACAACACUCAACAACCACACCAACCGAAUCGAAAAAACCACCUAUCGUCGACCAGGGAGUUUUGGCUCCCCUCCACGGUCUAGAGAACCCGUUCCCUAGACCCUGGUGGGAAGAGUUUUUGCCAUUUUUGGUUUCUGAAUCCUGUUCUGCCUCGACUCGAUACCUGUAUGCGAUCUUUUUGCCGACUACAUCUAGGUAGCUGAGUGUCUGAGAAGGAUAUCGCCAAGCCGAGCCCAAAGAAUCAUACAGACAGGGAAUUGUGAACACAGCAUCCUCCGUGAUAUCCGGCAGUUGUCACCAACUACAGCCGUACGCCGUUGACGUGAUCACGGAUGGCCAGUUCGACGUCAAACUCCGAACUUCUGAAAGUGUCCAUCCAGUCUCCAAUGACCGGCUGUCUCAAAAGCCAAUCCGAAGUAGGCCGUCCUGCGCUACCCGGCGAAGCAAUAUCACCGCCAAACGCUUCAACAAGCGGCUCCUUCAUCGCACCGUCCUCAUCCGUGGUCCAAUGAGCCUGACAGACCACUUCGAAAUCUCCCAAGACAGGGUCAACCCGAUCGGGCGACGGUCCAAGGACAUACAGUCUGUAGUUGCGUCCAUCCUUCUCGGUGAACAGCAAUGGAACAGCGCGCGAUCGUGGCGGACCAAGCCGGUCCAGCAUACUCGAAUGUAGAGCUGCAGUAUUAUUCGAGACCGGCUCAAAUCCUCGGAGCACCGUCAGCGCCGUUGCAAAUGCGGGACCAUUGAACAAUCCCUCGCGACCGAUCAGUCGAAGACGUUCAGUGAUGAAGUCCCUCCACAGAUUGCAAGGGCAGCAUAGUCCGCAGAGAAAUAGCAUAGCAGAGAACCCAAUGUCAACAGCUUCGCCGAAGACCCAAUGGUCCUGGUCGCGACCUCGGCCGAUAGCCCCUUUCUCCGCGUAAUCCGACAGGUGCAAGACUUCACUGACAUGAAAGUACGUGGCAAGCUCAUAGGCUUCAUCGUUCCCACUUAUACGAGCCAGAGCCCACAUCAGUCUCGCCAUGCAAAAGUGAUACAGCGCUGCAGUCAAGGCUGAUUGAUAUGUGUGUUGUUGUUUCCGUUGCUGCGGCAUGACGAGGAGUCCGUCAACAUCCCGCCGACUCAAGCCUGAGGGAUAUUUUUGAGCCACCGAAUUUAGCGACGAGUCGUUGUACCUGUCCUUCCAGUCUUCGACUUCCUCGAGGAACGUUUUGAUCCUUUCCAUGGGGAUCGACCCGAGAUCCUUCACGAACGGACUCCACACCAGAUCUGCGACGUACUCUUCGGCCGAGAAGACGUCAAGGAGCUGAUGCAUGUACUCGGCCAUGAGAGAUCCAUCCUUGUCCUUUCCUAGAGCCCGGGUGCGUCGUCUCUCGUCCGGGUGAAGUCUGCAAGAAUUCUCCGCCCCGAACAAGGUGAUCGGAAGAGGAAGUACGACCCGACAGACGAAGCUCAGGUGCCGCAGCGCCGAUCCGAUCGGUAGCAGGGAGUCUGAUUCCUCUUUUUCGAGAUCCGACCAGAGGAGGAAGAAGUACUUUGCGAGAUGAUAAUGACGAACGGCAGCUGGGAUAUUGCCAUUGAAGCACUGGUUCCAGGUCAGUCAGCUGGGUUAUAAAAAUUUGCAGUAAGGUUGUUAGCGGAGUAGCAUUACCUCGAAAUAAGCCAGCAACAGUAGGACUGCAAUGACGAGAUCUGAGGACGGUGGCUCGGACUUCAGUUGUCUCGAUAGGCCCUGGAUAGCCAUGGUGUACGUCUGCAAUGCUGUCACCUUUGUGUCCGCGCCCCUGGUCUUCGCGUUCUCUUCCGAGCCAGCCAGAAGUAAGGACGCUCGAUGCAAUGACCCGAGUGCCGUGAUCGUGUCGUAGAUGUACUCCGACUCCCAGGCUUCCUGGCAAAGGGUGUCGCGCCAGAAGCGGAGAUAGCAUGCUGGGAACAAGACGUGGACCGUCCGGAAGAG